UCAGCGGAAGCAGAUCGCUCUGUCUACCUUUGGUUCUGAGAGGGGUAUAUAUAUCAGCACCGAACCUCGACCAUCUCAGCGUUCUUUCUUGCCCGGAAAUUGUAUCUUUCUUCCUCAUCACAUCAUCUUCCUAGUAAUGAAAGAACAAGCAAGCACAUCCUACUUUCAACUAUCUCCUCGCCACUUGCCCUCAUUCUCGAUAUGCUCCGCGCUACACGACACCGCCAGGACAAACGUCCUAUCGAUCGAAUGUCCGAAUCCGAAGUCAAGUCCAAGCUAUUACUUUCGGACAAGACGAUUGCCGAGCUAGAUCAUGCAUUCAAGACCGGUGCCCCUACCCUCUUUACCCAACAAGACUACGAUAAGCUCAAGGAAGCCAACGCCAAGAUGAGAAAGCGUUUGGACGACAUUGCGGCCUCUCGAUUGACGAGUUCGCUCGCGGGCAUGUCUGUCAGACCGGUGGUCAAUGGAACAGCGAACGGAUCCACUAAGCCAAGCUCGGAUCAGAGGAGAGCGAGCGGAGAUUCCGCGCAGCUCUUGAGUACCAGCAACUCUGCUAGACCAGCUUUCAUUCAACCUCCAAGUGCUCCCAGAGUUCAGAUGCUAGACGCCACGCAGUCCAUUCAGAUUCAGAACGCUUCGAACGAGGCCGACAGAUUGGCCAGAGAAGCAGGCCUUUCUCACCUUUCCAAGUCGAAGCCUCAGAGGACAACACAACGAAGUCGACCCUCACAGCCUAGCAUGAACGCCUACUUACCUACCGGAGCUUUCGAUGUCGAAUCGGACGCUGACGACUGGAUGUAUGAGGAUGAAGACUCCGAAUUCGAGAUAGAACUUCCCGAGCUGCUCAGAAAGCAACAACGAGAGGCUGAGGCUAGAGAAUCCGACACCUAUUCCGAGGCCGGAAGCGAGGGGGAAUACGGGGACCUGAACCACAUCAUCAGGGUGGACAUGGAGAAGAUGACGGACUUGCAAGGCAGGGAUAUGGAACGCGCAUCCGACAGCAUGCAGACGUCUUAAUGGGCCCGGGGACUUGUGUUCCCGAGCCUGCGGGCCGCUGCAGACCGAACCUUUACGCCGACACGACCUCUCUUUAACGACAACCGACUUGUGACGACAACGUUGUAUAUGGCGUAUAAGAUAGCAUUGUAACAAGUAUGGAACCGAAGUCUCUGAACCCGGAACGAGCUUAUAAUGAUGUACAUCAUUCAAGAAACCCCCAAAUCAAUCGGUCAAGGCCGCGGACGAUGACCAUGCGCAGGUUUACCAAUGCAGCAAAUGGAAAAACAGCUGGAC